AUGUGUCCGCAACUUACUUUACAGCGUCAUCGCUUUCCGAGCCCCGUUCCUGAGGCCGCCGCCGAUCUACCACCUACCCCAAGGUCAAUUUCCUUGACUCAACACCACAUAUUACCUCUCUACACCUCCCAACAUCCGCAAGACCGUCCAACCCUACAAACAACUACAACAAAAACCACCGCCAAAAUGACCAUCCCUCUUUCAACAAUCUCCACCUUCCGCACCACUUUCAACCCUUUCCUCCGCUCCGCCCGCCCCUGCAGACUCAUCCUCUCUCUCCUCCGCAAUCCCACGACCACGCCCGCCUCCAGCCCCGGCCACAUCGACAUCAAGGUCACUCAGCUGCCGCGGUCGUCGACGCAAGAGCCCGAGCUGACGAUAGGGUUCAAGAAUGGCAAGGAGUUGAAGAUCGAGGUUGGAAAGCGCCAGAUGAAGAUUGGGGAUGUCGUUGAGGAGAUUGCUCGUGUUGGGAGGGCUAUUGAGCUACUUUUUGGUAAGAUUGCAAUGCUUAAGAGCGCUUACAUGUGA